UGCUGUUGAUGUUGUUGCUGUUGAUGUUGUUGCUGUUGAUGUUGUUGCUGUUGAUGUUGUUGCUGUUGAUGUUGUUGCUGUUGUUGUGGCGGGCUUUGCUGGUGCCGUUGCUCGUUCUGUUGCCGGGGUUGCUGUGGUUGUGAAUGAUGCACGCCUUGGUACCAUCUCCUGCCACUAGACGUCCGACUUGCCAUAGUCACUCGUAAUUUGGUGUUGGUGACUGAAUAAUCUGUUUCUAAGUUUCCUUAAAGCGAUGAACGAGAUGCUGUUGACUAGCUUUAUAUGUAGCUCCAUUCCUCAUGGUUGGGCCGUCGUUCUCUGUGAUCAUCCUCACUGUUAUUGUUGUAUUGUAUCAUGUUAUGUUGUAUCAUGUUAGAUUAUGUUGUCUUAUGUUAUGUUCUGUUAUCCUCGGACCCAACGCCAGCCAUUCAUGGUUCAUCAGGGGGUUGCAAAGGCGCCGCCGCUAUGCUUGUCUGCUUGGAGCUCAAAGCAGCAAUGCGUGUGUCCUGUAUCUAGACUUCCUUCGCAACCAAAGCUUGGAUAUAUGGUGUGAGGAAGAAAUAUUCUGAGCAACGGACGCAACGCGGCGAAUUGUUGUUCAUCCUUGCCAUGACGCUGAAUGCACGAAGCUUUGGAGUGGGACCGUAAGGACGCAGGCCGUUGGCGGCAUCUUAGACUAUUGCAGUGUGGGACAAGUUGUCAUGUGGUCGGGGGUGCUGAGCAGUUUGGUUAAUAACGAGAAACACAACACUGACGGCAAAAGUAACCGUGAGUAUGACUGGCCGUUCAAGUGUGAUAGAUCGCUCCUCACCAAAUCACUAACGACACCCACA